AUGCACAAUGAUAACGAGAGACCAAAGAACAUCCCACCCUACACGCCGAUGUCCUCGCUCGGCCAUGAGUUAGGUGUGAUGUUCGCCUUUCUUGCGGCCUGUUUCGUGAUCAUGGGAUUAUACGUCUUCUUUUGGCGAGCGUUCGAACGCCGGGAGGCACAAAAGGAAAAGGCCCGCAAAGAGCGGUUUACGAGGAGAGACGUCCACCAUGAGCGCAGCGGCAUCCCCGAGAAAAUCUGGUGCUCGGGUGAAUCGAGCGGGCUGGGUGGAGAUGGAUGUCCUGGGUGCGCCGCGGAGGUGACAAUUCCGUUCCCAUAUUCUUGGGAUACUCUUGCCCCUGAAGUCCAGAGGUGUUUACUAAGGGUUGGGUGGCUGGGAUGGGAAUCUCUCCGUACUUACAAAAUGGAUCCAUUUUAG